CACUUCACCGCAUCGGCUUCCUCCACCGCUUCACGCCUCCGGCGGCAGACCCGGACCAGCACCACGCCGCCGGUCCGGCCAUCGUACGCGCGCGCGCACCAUGUCCAUGAUUGGCCACCCCCGCCUGCCCCCUUACCUCGCCGCGGCUGCCGCCCUCUUCCUCGCGUCCGCUCUCGCGCCGCUCGCCGGCGGGGACCCCCUGGGCCAGGUCUGCGGCGCAAGCGGCAACUACACCCUGAACGACACCUACCAGGGCAACAUCAAGCGCCUCGCCGCCACGCUGCCCAAGAACGCCUCCUCCUCCCAGGCGCUCUUCGCGAAGGCCAGCCUCGGCGCCGUCCCGGACAUCGUCUACGCGCUCGCGCUCUGCCGCGGCGACACCAACGCCUCCGCCGCCUGCGGGGACUGCGUCGCGACGGCGUUCACGGACGCGCAGCAGGUCUGCCCCUACAAGAAGGACGCCACCGUCUUCUACAACCUCUGCUUCCUCCGCUACUCCAACCAGAACUUCCUCGACUCCAUCAGUGGCGGCGGCAACGUAUUGUUCGUACUGAUGCCCACCCGAAACGUGACCACGUCGGGCACUCAAUAUGUCGCCGUUACGCGCGUCCUCGACAACGGCGACCCCAUCCUCAUCCUCAAAACGUAUACGUAUGUCACCUCGCCGUUCAGGGACUUUGACGCUGCCGUGGCCGUGCUCGUCAACGCCACCGCCGACUACGCGGCCGCCGACGCGUCCAGGAGGUUCGCCACCGCGGUCGAGGCGUUCCAGACCUUCAGCAAUAUUUACGGGCUGGCACAGUGCAUACCGGACAUGACCGCUUCCGACUGCCGGACCUGCCUGGCGGGUAUGACUCAGAUGGGUUCCCAGUAUUUCAGCGGGAGAUGGGGAGCCAUGAUUCUCGGCCUGCGCUGCAGCUUCAGGUAUGAGCAGUACCCCUUCUUCCCAGCCGGCCCGCUACACCACCAGCUGCCGGAGGCGGCGGUGAACGGGCCGCCGACGACGACGACAAGAGGACGAGGUGAGUUUGGAGGUCAAAGAUUCUCGGCCUGCGCUGCAGCUUCAGGAAACAGGACUGCUAGAGUUUUAGCUAUUAUACUGCUUAUAGUCGUCAUGAUACUGGGUACUGUAGUAGUUUUCUAUUGUCUCUGGAGGAGGAGGAAGAAACCAGCAGAAAAAACAUUACUGAUUGAUUCAAUAAAUCCAGAGGACAUACGAAGUAUUGAUUCACUCAUGGUUGAUCUACCAACUCUACGAGCCACAACAGAAAACUUCGAUGAAGGCAAGAAACUCGGUGAAGGAGGAUUUGGUGCAGUUUAUAAGGGGGUCCUCCCUAAUGGUCGAGAAAUAGCAGUUAAAAGGCUUUCACAGAGUUCUCGGCAGGGAAUGGAGGAGUUGAAAACUGAGCUUGUUUUAGUUGCCAAGCUUCAACACAAGAAUUUGGUCAGGCUUGUUGGCGCAUGCUUGGAAGAACACGAGAAGUUACUUGUGUACGAAUACAUGCCCAACAGUAGCCUCGACACCUUUCUUUUUGAUCCUGAUAAAAGCAAUGAGCUAGAUUUGGAUAAGAGAUUCAUGAUAAUCAAUGGGAUUGCUCAAGGCUUGCAGUAUCUUCAUGAAGAGUCUCAACUGAAGAUAGUUCAUCGGGACCUAAAAGCGAGCAACGUUCUGCUGGAUUCUGACUUCCAUCCGAAGAUAUCAGACUUUGGCUUGGCAAGACUAUUUGGAAGUGACCAUUCACAAUAUGUUACAAAUCGUGUCGUUGGAACCUAUGGUUAUAUGGCACCUGAGUAUGCUAUGCGUGGGCAUUACUCUACCAAGUCGGAUGUGUUUAGCUUCGGCGUUUUGAUGCUAGAGAUUGUCGCAGGAAGAAGGAACGGUGGCUCAUAUGACUCGGAGCAACACGAUCAUCUCCUUAGUUUGGUGUGGGGACACUGGACCAUGGGAACAAUUCUGGAGAUAAUGGAUUCAUCCUUGAGCGACCAUCCUAGCGUGGACCAGAUGUUCAAGUGCAUCCAUAUAGGGCUUCUAUGUGUUCAACACAACCCCGCGGAUAGGCCCGUGAUGUCAGCUGUGAAUACCAUGCUUAACAGCAGCUCUGCGCCACGCCAAGCUCCAUCCAGGCCAGCAUUUUGCUUCCAAAAGAGUGGAACCUCGCAGUGCACAAGCAGGUCGGAUGUGUCAGCGAACGAAGUUACAAUUACUGAAGUUGAGGCAAGAUAGGUCGUCCCAAGGUACUGUGCUGCUACAUCAAGGUAACUAUAAGCAGCUCUGGCAGUUGGACGAAAUCUGGGUUAAUCCCCAUCGUCGAUCCUUCAAUUGGGACACCCUAUAUUUUUCCAUUCCGUUUACCUGCAUGCUUUGGCUCCUCCGUAAAUGUCAUCAAGGUGACAUGCCAUGAUGCCAAUAAGGUGGAUUGGAUUUGCUUUGAGGGAUCCCCGGCGGCCGGUGAUCAUCGGAGAAGUGGGCACAAGACAGUUACGCAUGGUGGCUGCGGCCGCUCCGCCAAUGUUGCCGCGCUUGCAGCCGUGUGAAAACCGAGCAAGCGCCGUACCCGAUGCCGGCGCGCAUCACACACGUAACAGCUAGCUGGUCGCGUGGUGCCCGUGUGCCCACUUCUGCGAUGAGUGUCCAACUAGUAAUUGUAAGAUUUGCUUUUAAACCGGUGGAAAAAAAAUUGGGUAGCAAAGAAAAACUUUGUGCGGCACAUGAAAUAUAUUUGAGUAAUUAUUUUUUCCUGCU